CAAAAAACAGUUGAUGUGAAGGAAAGUAAAUUCUGUGAAGCUGAUGUCUCUCCAGUGACCUUCGAAAAGAAGUAGAAAAUCAUUAUAAGCUCUCUUUACCUGAAGAUUUCUAUCACUUCUGGAAGUUCUGUGAAGAACUUGAUUCUGAAAAACCAGCUGGGAUUCUCCUGAUGAACUUCCUGUAUAUGUUGGUAUAAAUGAAGCAAAGAAAAAUUGUAUAAUUGUUCCAAAUGGAGAUAAUGUAUUUGCUGCAGUCAACUGACCUCAAGAGAAUUUGCAAGACAAUAGUUGAGGCUGCAAGUGAUGAUGAGAGACUAAAAGCUUUUGCUCCCAUUCAGGAAAUGAUGACUUUUGUGCAGUUUGCUAAUGAUGAAUGUGAUUAUGGCAUGGGGCUUGAGUUGGGAAUGGACCUCUUUUGCUAUGGUUCACAUUAUUUUCAUAAAGUUGCUGGCCAGCUUUUACCUCUUGCAUAUAAUCUGUUGAAGAGGAAUCUGUUUGCAGAAAUUAUGAAGGAUCAUCUGGCAAACAGAAGAAAAGAGAACAUAGACCAAUUUGCUGCAUGAGUAAGGUGGUUUGUUUGGUGUACAAUAUUUCAAAGGACUAGUAUUAAACUUGUAAUUUUUGUUUUGUUUUUAAGGAAUAUAAAAAAUAAACA